CACUUCUCAACAAAAACAAAAGGUAGCAAAAAAAAAAAAGUUGCACAAUGGUGAACUUUGUCGAGGUACAAAAACCAUUGUUGUACGGUCUGAUGAAAAUGGCCGGCGUCGUUCCUUACACUUUAGAGAUCGAACCAGGGACGAAGAUAAACUUUUGGGUCCCUAAGGAAACCCUAAAGAAGAAAUCCGGUACCGGAAAACCAACUAAACCAGAUAAACCGAAAAAGCCUGCCGUCUUGUUAAUCCAUGGUUUCGCCGGCGAAGGAAUCGUGACGUGGCAGUUCCAAGUCGGUGCAUUAUCCAAGAAAUACUCGGUCUACAUACCGGACCUCCUCUUUUUCGGUGGAUCCUACUCCGACAACUCGGACCGGUCUCCGGCGUUUCAAGCCGACUGUUUGGUCAAGGGGCUACGUAUCCUCGGCGUGGAUAAGUUUGUUCCCGUAGGGUUUAGCUACGGGGGCAUGGUGGCUUUCAAGAUCGCUGAGGCUUACCCGGACAUGGUUAGAUCAAUCGUUGUGUCUGGUUCGAUUCCCACGAUGACCGAUACCAUUAAUGAGGCGAGCUUGAACCGGUUAGGGUUUAGUUCUUCCACGGAUCUCUUGUUACCGACUUCGGUUAAGGGACUUAAGGCUCUCUUCACCAUUGCUGUGCAUAAACCCUUGUGGUUCCCUAAACGAUUGUUCAAAGACUACAUCGAGGUAAUGUUUAACAACAGGAAAGAAAGAGCUGAACUAUUAGAGGCUGUUGUGGUCAGCAACAAGGAAGCGCAAAUCCCUCAUUUCCCACGGAAAAUACAUUUCUUGUGGGGUGAAAGUGAUCAAAUCUUUGAUCUUGAAUUGGCUAGAGACAUGAAAGAGUAAGUUUGAAGAUAUUAAAAUCUUAUAAUUUCU